UGCGUGGCUUUCAAAUAACGUAAUUACAUCACACCAACGUCAAGCCCGGAUAAUCUAUUUUUAGAACUUCGUUGACGGAUGAGGGAGCACACAUUUGGGAAGCGUACUGCGGCAAUAGCAGCAACCGUAGUGAUUGCUGCUGCAGCCUGCGCGCUAAACGGUGACACCUUCCUCAUCGCUCUCCUUUUGGGCCGAAGUUUUAUCACACUAAAAGAACUGAAUUCGAGCGUCGUGCUAGAUAUGAAUUCACUGCUAACAACAAGGCAAAAUAGCAUUCUACCAGAUUACCUGCAAAUACCAUUACUAGGCAGCAGAAUGACAGAUGUGCUUCUAUUUGUUUAUGUAUCUAUCGUUACCUCUCUGUCAGUAUUCUACACUAUCGGAGGCUUCUUACAUGUCUGCUACUACCAUCUUCAGCGUCAUGUCCCCUAUGAGUGGAAAUGUCAGCCUAAGAGAUUCCUUACUGACGCCAACCAUCGACAUGAAGUACUUGUCGGAACAUUGAACAUGACUAUGAACGCUGUCAUCUCCGGUUUGCUAACUACCAACAUUUACAAUGGUGGAUAUACCACCCUGUAUUUCAACAUAGCUGACUGGGGGUAUUUGUAUCUCAUCCUGUCGACAGUUGGAACAUUUGUCUAUGUUGAAGCUGCUUCCUACUACAUGCACAGAUUCUGCCAUGUACCAUUAAUCUACAAACGGAUACACAAACAUCAUCACAGAUAUCACUCACCAACUGCUUUUGCUGCAGUUGCUAUGCAUCCUGUGGAAGUACUUGCCUAUCAGUCACUACUAAUCCUACCGAUGUUCAUAAUUCCUAUUCAUGCAGCAGCUUAUGUAAGUAUACUACUCUACGACUACUACUUUGGAAUGCUAGAUCAUUCAGGAAUCAUGAUGGAUUCUUGGUUACCAUGGCAACCUCCAACCAAGUUUCAUGAUGAUCAUCACAAGUAUUUUCAUUGUAACUUUGGUUUCAACACAUUUGCCUUUGAUCAAUUUCAUGACACUAUUCGAAAGAAAGACAGGCAGUAUGGAGAAUCAUUGUUUGGAGGUCAUGGAAAGAAACAGACUUGACAGCCUAAAUUGUUCUCAUUAGUUGCAACAUGUCAAUUCUAACAGUAUUUGGCAUGAUUUGCUAUGGAUGUAGCCAUCUUCAUACAGUAAAUACAUAGAUGUCGUGUAGUUGGUAAAACUUAAAUGCAAUAUCUUUAUAAACAAAGCAAAAUUGACUUGUGUGUAUGUCUGGGUAUCACAGCCACAUGAAAGCAUGGAGGUCGGAU